CUUAUGAGUAUUUUGAUCCAUGAGACUGGUGGAAGGAGGCAGGUCAGCUGCUUGCAUAUACACGCCUCCUGCUUUGCUAGCAGCUGUGAUAAACUUAUGGAAAGCAGCAGCAACAACCACAACAGAAGAAGCAGAAGGCAGGCACUGCAAUGUCGAUAAGCAUCCUUGCCAGGAACACAGUAUACUCGCCAGCACUAUCAUUUAUGAACAAGUUGAAAAGCACUGGUACUGGUGCAGUGUAGUAGCUAAAGUGUUGGACUGGGAGUUGUGAGAUCCGGGUCCUAGUCCCCACUCAGCCAUGGAAACCCACUAUUUACUUCCCCCAAUUGUUUGUUCCAUUUCUUUUCACAUUUGUGGGAAUCAUCACUUCUAGCUUAACGAUAUGAGGACAAAGGCAUGGUUAUCCUGGCUCUCAGGGAAGAGAUUGCCCUUUAUACUGGGCCUCGGCCUGCUCAUGCUGAUUGGUUUCCAGAACUCAUUCACAGGGCAGCUGCAGAAAUCCAGGAAAGCUUCUGGCUUCUUCUUGCAGACCCAGUGGGAGAAUGUGUACCACCGCCUAGGGGGAAAUGAGUCAUUGAUUUUCUUUUGCUGCACUUCAGGGGUUCCUUUAUCAGUUUUCUGUAUUUUAAAUGGAAUCUUGAUGGUAGUAGAUGCAACUGGGAAGCCAAAGUUCAUCACACGAUACCGAAUUCAGUUGGGAAAGAAUGAACCUGCUGACCGACAAAAAAUGUACAAUGCCUUCAAAACGGUCAUGCUCAAUCUAGUUUUCAUCUCCCAGCCCAUGUUGUCCCUCAUGUUUCUCAUUAUGAAAUGGAGGACUGAGCUGUGCAGUUUGCAGCUGCCCACUUUGGAAUGGUUUCUUCUUGAGAUGGCCAUCUUUAUAGCAGUGGAAGAAGUUAUGUUCUAUUACUCUCACCGGCUUUUCCAUCACCCUCUCCUGUAUAAACACUUCCAUAAAAAACAUCAUGAAUGGACCGCUCCCAUCGGCAUAUCCAGUAUCUAUGUUCAUCCAGUAGAACAUGUGUUUGUCAAUAUGUUACCUUUGAUCAUCGGCCCAGUCCUUCUAGGAUCUCACGUUAUUUCAAUCAUGGUGUGGCUCUCUCUUAGCCUUAUGGUUACCACAGCCGCACACUGUGGCUACCAUUUUCCUUUCGUGGGCUCAUCGGAAUUCCAUGACUUCCAUCAUCUCAGAUUCAAUCAGUGCUAUGGGAUGCUGGGGUUGCUGGACCACCUGCAUGGAACAGACAAAUUAUUCAAGCAAUCAAAGGCCUAUAAGAGACACUGUGUCCUGUGGGGCUUCACACCACUCACAGAAAGCAUCCCUGAUUUCCCCAAGAGACUAGAAUGAUCCUUCCUGAAGUGCAGCUUACUUCCUUGUCUGUCAUCCAGAUAAGCACAAGAAUCAGAGGAUUAUAUCAAAUUUCUAAGGAAGCACUUGAUCACUGAGAGAUUGUACAAGUUUCCAUUAGGAAGACACAGUGCUCAGCCUACACUAUGACCUUUGAAAGGAAUCAAGAUGACAUUCAUGCCACCUCCUUGGCUCCUCCUCCGGCUUGAAUUUCCCAGUCCAAGUACUUGCCAAGUCAAGAGGAAAACCCGGUCUGGAAGGACAACAGAAGACAAUAUGAAGCCACGUUCCCCCUCCAAAGUAACUGAGCCAGGCCUCAGUAGGAGAUUGGGACAAUGACCAAAGGAUGUUGUAGGAAAACCUUUACUGAACUAGUCAACAAAUGAGGAAGCAACACCAAGUAGCAAAAAGGUGUAAUGAAAUAAAGUAUGAGUUUAUAAGUGAAGUAAGCAAUAAAGUGUACCUGGAGAAGCA